AUGGAUUCGUACGAAUUUGAAACUUCUUCUCAAAAGGAGGUCUCCUCUAAACAGAUUGAACAUGCUGAAUCGGAGGUCACCUUCUCCCCGGAGGAGGAGAAGGCUCUUGUCAAGAAGAUUGAUUUGAUGUUAUUGCCGGUGAUAUGGAUCAUGUAUCUACUAUCCUACAUGGACCGAACGAACAUUGCCAAUGCUAAGGUGUCUGGCAUGGAACAAGAUCUCAACUUGACAUCAGGCCAGUACUCGGUUGCCUUGGUAGUCUACUUUGUAGGAUACGUGGUAUUUGAAGUGCCUAGCAAUCUCGUUCUGGUCCGAACCCGGCCUUCAAUUUUCCUCCCUUCAAUCAUGAUUGUCUGGGGCGUUCUUACCUGUCUGAUGUCCGUCAUCAAGUCAUACAAACACCUGGUGGUUCUUCGAAUUCUUGUUGGUAGUGUCGAAGCCGGAUUCGCACCUGGUGUCUUGCUCGUUCUAUCCUCUUGGUACAAGCGCACCGAACAGUCUAAGCGCUUCGGUGUAUAUAUCUCGGCGGCCGUGUUGUCUGGAGCCUUCGGUAGUCUGAUUGCCGCUGGUAUCGUUGAUGGACUAGAAGGCGCUCACGGCAUUCGUGGAUGGAGAUGGCUAUUCAUCGUCGAGGGUGCUGCUACUAUCGGCUGUGCUUUAAUCUCCCUUUUCAUCCUUCCUGAUUUCCCUGCUACCUCAAGGGGACUAUCUGAGCGAGAGAGACAUAUCGCCGUUGCUAGGCUGGCUUCAGAGAAUGUGACCGCUGUGACCGAAGACAAUGCCCUGCUAAGUAGCUGGGGUGCGGUCAAGGUGGCUGUCCAAGAUUGGCGGACGUGGGCGUUCGUCGUUGGAUACAUGGUCAUCGUCGGAUCCAGUACCCUCACCUACUUCUACCCAACCCUCGUCAAAGGUCUCUUCGGUGAUGCCUCAACCUACAAGAUCAAUCUCCUCACUGUCCCCAUCUAUGGCGCCGCCUUCGUUGCCACCGGCAUCACAUCAUACUUUGGAGACAAAGUGCCUAACUGGCGAGGCCUGAUUAUUGCCGGGUGGUUGACAUUUUCUCUUGUAUGCUCGAUUAUUGUGUGCACAGUUUACGACUUUACUGCCCGAUACGUCCUGCUGGUGUUGAUGGCAUGUGGUCUCUGGGCUACGAAUGGAGGUACAUUGGCAUAUGCAUCAUCGGCCUUUGCUGGCAUGCACCCGCAGGCUCGGGGUGUUAGCUUGGCCUUGGUCAAUGCGAUGGGUAAUUUGGCCCAGAUCUAUGGGUCGUAUCUGUUCCCAAGUGCUGACAGCCCCAAGUAUAUUAUGGGCUUUUCUGUUAUUUCUGCGAUGCUUGCAUUGGGUGUUGUCGUUUUUGCUUCUCUGCACAUUUGGUUCCGUCGUCGCACAAGAUCUUUCAUUGAAGAAUGA